AUGACCUCCGCCACUCCGUCCGCAGCAGCAGAGUCUCAAUCAGCUGCUACAUUAUCGUCAACUCAGCACGGGAAGCGUCUGUCAAACACGACACAAACAGCAUCUAAUCAGUAGAUUGGUAACGCUCAUCAUCAGAUAUGGAAGCGGCAUCCUCCUCCUCCUCCUCCGGUCUGUGCAGAUACAGUUAUGAAGAGUACAAAGAGACAGCAGACUGGCUGCUGGCCCACACAGAGCAGCGUCCUAAAGUAGCCAUCAUCUGUGGUUCAGGCCUGGGCGGUCUAGCUGACCUGUUAACUGACAAGACUGUGGUUCCCUACAAGGAUAUUCCACAUUUUCCCACCAGCACUGUGUCAGGCCAUGCUGGUCAGCUGGUGUUCGGGAAGCUGCAGGGCCGUCAGUGUGUCUGCAUGAAGGGGAGAUUCCACUUCUAUGAGGGCUACAACAUACACACGGUGACGUACCCGGUGCGAGUCUUCUAUUUGCUGGGUGUGGAAGCUCUGAUUGUGACAAACGCCGCAGGAGGGCUCAAUGACAGCUACGAUGUGGGAGACAUCAUGCUCAUCAAGGAUCAUAUUAACAUGCCUGGCUUUGCAGGGCAGAACCCGCUUUGUGGGCACAAUGAUGAAAGGUUUGGAGUGCGCUUCCCUUGCAUGUCGGAUGCGUAUGACCGUGAGCUGAGGACUCUGGCCAAGCAAACAGCAGAGGAGCAAAACUGCGGCAGCUUCAUGCAGGAAGGGGUGUACUGCAUGCUGGCUGGACCGACAUAUGAGACCAUUGCAGAGUGCAGAGCCCUGCAGAUGCUGGGGGCUGAUGCUGUGGGUAUGAGCACAGUGCCAGAGGUGGUGGUGGCUCGUCACUGCGGCCUGCGUGUCUUGGGUCUGUCCCUCAUCACCAACAAGGUCGUGACAGAUUAUGAGAGCAGUGAGAAGGCAAACCAUGAGGAGGUGCUGAAGACCACUGAGCGCAGAACCCAGGACCUCCAGAAGCUCGUCAGCCAACUCAUCACUAAGAUCUAGUACCUUCAUCUGAAAUCUGCUGACAAAAAAAAACAUCCAGCCUCACAAUGAAGUCACCGGUGACUAAUCAUAGCUUUGAACAAAGGUAAAAAAAUGUAGGUGCAGAUGGUGAACUGGUCAGGUAUGGAUGAGUUAUUAUUUACUUGGGUAUUGUAUUGGCUGUCGUGGUUAUCAGGUGGAGUGAGUGAUAAGGUUUUAAGGUGGAGGGCAGAUUAAAGAAAAACAUGUUGUCAAUAUGGUACUUGUGAUAGACUGCAGCAUUGAUGAUUUAUGACAACAUUGUCUAGUUUGCAAUUCAGUGCUAUCACAGCAAAACUUUCACAACCCUGGAUCCAGUCUCCAUGAAUCACAUUCAUGCCGACUUUAUAUAUAUCUGACCACUAGCUAAAUUUGUUCUUCAGAGGUGUAAAAUCUAUAAACUGGAAAAGCAACAAUUGGCCUAAUGUAAAAGUUUUAAUAGAAGGCAAUGACUGGCUUAGAUUUUAUUUAAUUUUUUUGACAGUUUUUGGUUUAGCACAGUCCAAUCAUCUAAUGUUAAUUAGCAGAGGAUUCUGAACAGCAGGAUCAAGUGUUUCACUACCUUGCUUUUUGAGAAUUUCAGAUACAUUUCACGACAAGCGUCAUGCAUCCCUGUCGCCUGUUGUUUGUUUGGUCAGAAGAAUACACCUGUAACCACACCCAGCAGUGAUGUCAUGGUGUACCAACACACCCUUGAGCAAACUUUACAUCAACGCAGCAAAGUUAAACCACUGGAGAAAAUAAAACAAAACAUAAUUUUCAAGUAAAGUUGCUCUGUAACAACAAGUGUCGUGCUUGAAUCAUGAGACUUGAAAACCAGACUGAAGAAAUGUUGUGAAAGUAGUGUUUGUUGGGCGUCUAUCCAAUCCGUAGUUGAUAUAUUGACUUUUGUUGUGUGUUUAAAUUCAAAUCCAGAUUAUUGUGGUGACUGCUUACGAUUACAGUAUAACAUUCCCUUAUUUAAAAAUGACCAUGUUCUCGUAUAUCCCAGAUCAUGGAUCAAUAAAUGUAACAGGAAUACAGCUGUGGCUAUUGUACAACCCCCACUGGUAUGUAUUUUUAUCCUGCAUUGGUGCUGCAGGGUUGUUUGGGAUUUCCCUUUACAGUACUACCUGUUAAGGCUGGAGUGGCAGUAUACAACAUGACUGGGACCUCUCUGAUGGCUGAACUUGUACUGUAUAUUUGAGUGUGUCUAAACAAAAUCUUCAAUGUAAGACACGACUGUUCAUUACUAAUGACUCCUAGAGUGAUACCCUCCAGCAUUUAUACUUACAUUUGUUAUAUGAAUACAUGCUGUAUGUCUUCUUUGCCUUUAGCAAGAGCAAUGUAUGCACCCACCACCUAUGAAUGCGUAGCUGCUAGCUUAAAGGGACAGUUCACCUCAGCAUCAAAAAUACAUAUUUCCCUCUUACCUGUGGUGCUAUUUAUCAGUCUACAUUGUUGGAACAAGAUGGCACUUUGCUUGCAAUGCUUAAAAUGUAUUUUUUUGCCACUCUGAGCACCACAAGCCGAGUUCCAUCUAGACACAUGAUAUUGAAGAGAUGGCAGACGUCUCUAUGGUCGAUACCUCCAACACUCAGCAGCUCACACCAAAACAAUCUUGACUGAUAAAUAGCACUACAGGUCAGAGGUAAUGUAUGUAUUUUUGAUUUGGGGGUGAACUGUCCCUUUAAGAUGUAUUCGAAGAUAUUUCAGACGACACUGUGCACUUAUGCGUUGGCCUUGACAUGUUGGUGCAGGGAUAGAGGACACAGCCAGUUCCUUCUCCAGCAGUGUCUUAGAAGUGAAUCUACAUUAUAGUAGCUGCUAAAUAGAGAACAUAUAGAAUAACUCUUGUAAUCAAAAAGGAUCACUGGGAGUAGCUGGCAUCUACAUUCCUUUAUGUGUGAUUGCUUGUUAAUAAUGAUGUACAAUAAAUACUUAUUUAAGCUAUAAAUCAAAGUGAGUAUAUUUACACUCCACUGUGAAAUCAGAGUUUAUUUUUUAAAUAGACAAAUCACUUAUUUUAAUUAUCUAAUGUAUUUAUUGAUGAAAAAAUAUGAUGAAAUGGAAAUGACAUGUCAAUCCAAAGCCUUAUUGGGUAUCCACUGAAGAAGGCAGUGAAGUUUUAGCUGAAUCAGUGUCUGAGAAGCCUGUCCACAAUAUAAGCACAAUGUAAUCUGAAAGAAAUGCCUUGAAUCAAAGGCUAAUUUGGUGAAGCAGUAGGGAUGUAUGAAGGUUUUUUUCUGGGGUGGAUUGCAUUUGGAUGCAUUUUAUUUGUACAACAAGAGACCACAGCACUGUAAUAUCAGGGAGAGCUAUAAUACCUCGGCCUGCAGUUUUCAAUCUGGAACCUGCUGCCAGGUCCCCUUGACCAUCUCAUUCAUUAAAGCUGCAAAGGCCCGAGAAACCCUAGAUCAGCAGUCCACCUCUUAGGCCAUUUGUAUCAGGCUUUACAUCAAGAUGCUAAUGGAAGUCUUAAAGGGGAAUUCCACUCAGAGUGAAGCCUGCCAUCAUUGAAAUGUAAAAUCUGGAUCUGCUCCAUACACAAUAAACAGGGAAAUUUACAUUCAGUUGAUUCAUUUUAAACAAGCACGAUCACUCUCACUACUUUCCUGUAUGGGCACAACUCCAAAUUUUGCAUUUUGCUUCUUUGUUAGUCUCCUAAUGUCUGGUUUGUGAAGUCUUCCGCACCUUUGUAUAUCCUAGACUAAAUAGUAACUAUAUAUACUAUGCUCAGUUGACUCAUAUUUACUAUAUCCAGGUCUCAGGUUAGAAACAAAUUCACCAAAAGGAUAAAUCUACUAUGUCUGUUUUGAUUUAUAAUUAUUUCUUUUCAUACCAAAUGUUGCUGCUGUCAAAUAAAAACUUGCAGAUGACA